AUGGUAGCGCCGUUACGUUGCCCCCCGCAGCAGCUCUCUCUCUCUCUCUCUCCAUUUCUCUACCUCCCUCAUUCUCUCUCUCCCAACAGCGCUUCACUCCGGUGCCCAUGGUAAACUAGAAGGAACUUAUGUUUACCAUAGGUGAAAGAGUGAAGCCCUGCUGAGAGAGAGAGAAAGAGAGAGAGAGAGAGAGAGAGAGAGAGAGAGAGAGAGAGAGGACAUAAGGGACCCAAGGGUGGUUGAGGUGCACCAUUUUUGUCUGCCACUUCGUUCACAGAGAGGGAAGGGGAUGGGAAAAUGGCCGCUGUUCGUCGACGGAGGACCCGUCCCUCUCUCUCUCUCUCCCCUCAGUGUCGGCUCUCGACACGUUCGGCUCAUCCGUUGCCGUGGCCCCCACCGCCGAGGCCCGCACGUACGUCACUUGUCACACGCGCGGAGGCCACGGCAUAACAGAAAGGCUUGGCCUUAUCCUCCCCUCUGUCGCUCAAAGUCAUGAAGGGUGGACGCGCCUUAAAAAUAAUAAGACUAAUAUUACUAAUUAUUCCUUUACCGGAUAAUUAAUUAAUCAAUUAAUAUCCAUGCCUGCCCCCGGCUCGAAUUGGCCCUGAAAGAUCCCGGGGCCGACCCGUAUAUACGUCCAAAAAUAGGCCCGGCCGGGUCCCUGUCCAUACGUCUCCCUUGGAACGCCCAAUCUCUCUCUCUCUCUCUCUCUCUCUCUCUCAUCUCUAUAUCUCGAUCUUCUUGGAGAGGUGGAAGUCGGGCCUGGGUCGGGUUACUUUCUAUGCUUUUCUCUUUGCCCGGAUAACAUGAUGAUGCAAACGCUUGGGCCCGGCCCCGGGCCCGUUGAUGUUAAAUUUAUGAAAUAUUAUAAAUAUGUUUCAUAACGAAUGUAUUUUUUAUUUGGAGGUGGCCACACGCUCGCAUACUAACUUUAAUCAAUGCUAGCACGUGUGAGAGGUGGGGAGUGGGGGGCGUCCUCGUAGUUUCAACGAACGCCCUUGAGGCCAUUUACUGAUCGAGUUUUUGAUUGGGCCCUGGAGACCAUUCUCUCCCCCUCAUGA